CACUACACGUCCUAAUGGCUGAAAUUAUGAUGAUGAUGAUGAAUUACAAAUUCAAAACUUAAUUAUUUUUAAUUUGUAUGUUUUAGGCGGCCAGGCACGCAAUUUCAGUGUAUCGAGGUGUAUCACCUAAUUCGGCAACAGUUGAUCGAGAAUUGAGCAAAAUCAAGGAAGAAUUAUGCUCUUCUAUGCCGCUAGAUUUGAUCAAAGAAAAUGGUGAUGACGCCGAAAAAAUGAAGCUGUACUCCGAAGACUACUCGUACAAAGACACGUCGAAACCAAAUAAAUUAGCUGCUCUCAAGCUGUUAUGCAAAUCACCUUCCUCUCGACGAGCCUUCAUUGUGGUGUUUAUAUCUUUCUCGAUGGAGAUCUUAAUGGGAGCUGCACCUGUAGCAGUGUACGCGAAGCAAGUGUUCAUUGAAGCCGACCCCACUAGGGGGGACAUGUGGUCCGUAUUGUUUGCUGUGAUGAGCCUCUUGGGGACGAUGCUGAGUGGCGUGGUCUCGGACAGAGCAGGAAGACGGCCCCUGCUAAUAAUAGCAUCACUGGUGGUGUCUAUAUGCCUGCUAGCCCUGGGCGUACUCCUCCAAACGAAGGUCGCCCCAGCGUGGGUGGGUGUGCUGGUCCUCAUGACAUUCUGUUUCUGCUUCAUGGCCGGCCCUGGGACCAUUCCCUAUGUGCUGAUGUCGGAGAUAUUCUGUCCUGAGGUCCAAACGUUGGCGUCAAUGCUGAUCAUCGAGUGGGUGUGGCUGCUUGCAUUCUUCACCCUGGCCGUGUUCCACUGGCUCAACCGGCUCAUCGGCAUCCACGCAACCUUCUACAUCUUCACCUUUAACAGCCUCUUCAACGUGGCUUUCAGUUACUAUAUGAUUCCGGAGACCAAAGGCCUCUCUAACAAGGAAAUACAAAUCGCCCUUCUGAAGGGAAGGAGUAAAUAAAUGAUCUAGUGUAGUGAUUGAACCUUCAACAAAGUUAGCAAUAGGUGGUUAAACUACUUAAUAGUUGAAUUAGACCUUAGCUUAGAUGAUCAUAGAUGCAGGCCGCCACC